AUGACACACACUAAACGGUGGAGAAGUUUCAGGGAGGAACUUCAACGGCUGAGCAGCCUAUCAAUACCACGAUGGCUACAUCUUUCAUCGGGAAAGAAAAUACAACUUCACGGAUUUGCGGACGCAUCGACCCUGGCAAUGGGUGCAUCGGUCUAUCUUCGAUCCUGGUCAGCAUCAUCGGGAGUCAACGUCAACUUGGUUUGUGCCAAAACCAAGGUGGCUCCCCUCAAGAAGAUGACCAUUCCACGGCUGGAGCUCACGGCAGCUGUCAUGGUCACAAAUCUAAUGGCCUAUGUACAGCGAGCUCUGGAACUUGACGAUGCGGAGCUCUACUCAUGGAGCGACUCAUCAGUAGCCAUCGCAUGGAUCAACGGAGAUCCAUCACGGUGGAAGGACUUUGUGCAGAACAGGGUUCUCAAGAUCCAAGAAACCCUGCCUACUGCCAAAUGGAAUCACAUCAACGGCAAGGAGAAUCCAGCGGACUGCGCAUCAAGAGGAAUAUCACCAACGGAAUUGCGGGAGCAUCAUCUCUGGUGGACUGGACCAUCAUGGCUUGUCCAACCACCAGAACAAUGGGUAGCAGCAUCAACGGAAUUAGCAUCAACCUCGGAAUUAGCAUCAGUGGUGGCAAUGGAGGCGAAACCACCCACCAUCAGCUCAUACCCAGUGCACAUUGUCGACGAAGAUGCACUGAUCAAUCGGAUUUCGUCAUGGAACAAGCUAGCUCGAAUCACAGCCUGGGUGAAUCGAGCAAUAAACAAAUUCAAGGGACAACCAACACCGGAUUCUCCACAACUCGGAACUACGGAAAUAGAGGACGGAAGACUGUUCUGGGUUAAGUACACCCAACAGCGAUACUUCGGACGGGAAAUCACCACAUUGAAGGCUGGAAGAUCACUGGCAGCCAAGCAUCGUAUGGCGACGCUGACGCCAUACCUGGAGAACGACGUCAUGCGCAUGGGCGGACGUCUUCGGAAUUCAACAUUGGAUCCGGAGGAGAAGAAUCCAAUUAUUCUCCCACGUCACUCGCCGCUCUCAUCACUUAUCAUUGCGGAAGCUCAUCAGAGGAGCUUCCACGGGGGAACGCAACUCACGUUGGCACACAUCCGGCAGAGGUACUGGAUCAUCGGAGGACGGGCACCAGUACGCUCACACAUAUUAAAGUGCGUCAUCUGCGCACGUCAUCGAGCUGUGCGAGCUCAACAGCUGAUGGGACAGCUGCCAUCGCGACGAGUGACACCAUCACGAGUCUUCCUUCACUCAGGAGUAGACUUCGCCGGCCCAAUCAACAUCCUGAGGUGGAGAGGCUCCGGGGCAGGCAAAACGAUGUACAAGGCGUACAUUUGCUUAUUUGUCUGCUUCGCCACAUCCGCCACACAUUUGGAACUGGUCACAGACCUCACGGCGGACGGAUUCAUCGCAGCGUACAAGCGAUUUACGGCAAGACGGGGAAUUUGCGCGACCCUGACCAGUGACAGGGGAUUAAACUUCAUCGGGGCAGAAAAGGAAUUACGGCAAAUCAUCCACCAGGCAUCUAGCGAAUCGGCAACCAUCAGGAACUGGCUAGCAACAAACGGAACGGAAUGGAGAUUUAACCCGCCCUACUCGCCACACAUGGGAGGCAAGUGGGAGGCCGCGGUUAAAUCCACGAAACAUCACCUACGGAGAGUGAUAGGAACUUCAACUCUGACGUACGAGGAAUUUACGACUCUUCUGACUCAGGUUGAAGCCAUCCUGAACUCGCGGCCACUCUGCCCGAUAAAUAACGACCCGCAAGACACCACGGCAUUGACACCAGGGCACUUCAUCAUCGGCGGAUCGCUGACAGCGAUUCCAGAACCAAGUCUGGAACACAUCAACACGGAUCGGCUAAACAGGUGGCAACUUAUCACGCAGAAGGUGCAGAACUUCUGGGACCAUUGGGCACGCGAGUGCGUGCAUCGAUAUCAACAAAUCUAUCGGUGGAGGAAACCAACGGACGACAUUAAAAUUGGGACGUUGGUUCUCAUAUCAAAUGAGCAGGAACCGCCAACCAGAUGGCCCCUGGCUCGAGUCAUCAGGAUCCACCCAGGACGGGACAACUUGACCAGGGUUGUCACACUUUGGAAGGGCAACAAGGAAACGCAGCGGGCAAUCCAUCGAUUGGUACCACUACCAAUCAACGGCGACCUACUGGAAGGUCAAAAUUAA